AUGAAAAUUAAUUAUCUAUUAUUUAUCUUUUCACUUUUGUUGUUGGCUUUAUCAGCUUCCCAAUUGGAGAAUAAUGAAUUACUAUCAAUUACAUUGACUCUUUCACCAACAACAUCAGCAUCCUCGACAUCACAACCAACAUCAUCUUCAACUUCGACUUCGACUUCGUUCUUGACAACGUCUUCAAGUAUCACCGUUACGACGACAACAUCACCAAUAUCAACAAGUGUUACAACAUUACCAGCAACAACAGUAAGUUCAACAACAUCAAGUAUUUCAGAAUAUCAGCAACAAUUCACAGAUUGGAUGAUUCAAUAUAAUAAAUCAUACACAAACAAUGAUUUCUUGACAAGAUUCAAUAUUUUUGUAGAUAAUCUCCUUUAUAUCAACCAAUUUAACUCGCUGACUGGAAAUGAUACUGAAGCCAUGAAAUUGGGAACGAAUAUAUUCGCUGAUUUGACACUUGAUGAAUUCGCCAACACAUACCUUGUCAAAGAUUUAUUAAAUUUCUCUGUAAAUUCAAAUACUACAAGUACAUCAACUUCAACUACAACAACAGGAGGUGGAUUAUUAGGAGGAUUGUUAACUGGUGCUUUAACAAUUGGAACUGGUGGAUCUACAUCUGGUGGUGGUGGUGGUGGAUUGUUAGGUGGACUUUUAACUGGAGCAUCUCAACCAUCAAGUUCAACUCUUAGAACUUUAAUGGAGUCCAGAAAUUGGAUAGGUCGACUACCUCCAAUUAAAGACCAAGGAGAAUGUGGAAGUUGUUAUGCAUUUGCAUCGUUAGUUCCCAUUGAAUCUCUAUUAUAUGGAAAGGGUUCUAUAGUAUCUCUCUCAGCACAAGAAAUUGUUGAUUGUUCAAAUUUCGAAGGCAAUUCUGGCUGUGAUGGAGGUUGGAUGUCAAAUGUUUACGGUUUUGUUAGACAUAAUAUAGGUGUAAGUACAGAGCAAGAAUAUCCAUACAUUGGUUCUUUUCAAACAUGUACAUGGCAACUUCGAAAAAAAUACGGAAUUGUGAAUAAAGACUUUGUUGUUACCAAUCAAACAGCAAUGGAGGAUGUUUUAACAAACGUAGGACCUGUUGCUAUUGCCUUACAGGCCAGAGUAAGCUCAUUUCAAUUGUACAAAAGUGGUAUCUACGAAGAUGCUGAGUGUGGAAAAGGUCAAGUGGAUCAUGCAGUUGCACUUGUUGGUUUGGGAGUAGAGAGUGGAAAACCAUAUUAUACUUUGUCAAAAUCAAAACCACAUACAAUGAAAAAUUAA